GUGAAAUGGAGGGACAAACGUUGAUGUUUGUCUUUUUCCUUACGUGUUCUGUAUUAGUAGUCAGUAGAAAAUUUCCAGCAGUUAGUUCCAGAGACUUAAAAGGAAGGCAAGGUAAUGCUCGACACAGAACAUUCAACAGUGAGUUUCGCUUAAAGAGAGAUCUACGCCUGAACAAGCAAGUGAUUCCUGGUUCACCUUCUAGGAAACGCUAUUCCCGCUAUGUGUUUUCAGGACCAGAAAAGAGGUCUUUUAAUUCAGAAACUUCCGAUCAGGACCACAAGGUGAGAUUUAAAAACAGGUUUAAAGUGUUCUGAGUGUUUGUUUGGUAUAUUUUGUCUACUUAGUAUGUUGAAAUUACAAGCACUGUACGUGGGAGUUCGUGAACCCUAAUCGUACUAUCGAUUCCAUUCGUUUCAUUUCAAAAUCAUAAAACUCAAUGGAGCACAUCCUUUUCUCAAACUCCACCGCUUCAAAUUAACAAUUAACGGUCGGUUAAUAUAAAACAAUAUACCCAGAUCCUAUUUAUGACAUCCGUAGCUGUUGUGUUUCAAUAGCCAAGACUGUUGGCGUCUCAUGAUCAGUUGAAUCAAUCCCUAACCGGAAGUCCUGAUUCUUUUUAGAGCCCUCGGUGCCUCAUACACGACCCCCCUUCUCUCACCCUGAAAUGUUGUUUAAAAUUAAAGCGCCCACUCCCUCAAGCAGGCUACAAGCACCCCUGUUAAAUAAGUGCUUUUAUUCCAAUAGCCCACGUUUAAUGUAUUAAAAUUCUAAGAUGACACCAAUGAGGCUUUCUAGUCAUGCAUAUUUCUAUAUUUGGUUUGGUUUUAUUUGUGCCCAAGUCUCUUCUUGGAAUUGCGAGACAAUGGAGACGUAAAAAAUGUGCAAUUUUUUCCAUAAAGCCUCAGAGUCUUGUUACAAUUUAAAUAUAUUGAGUGUGGGCUACAUUAGCUAACUCUCUUCUUGUGUCGAACUUUUGGUUAUUUUCCAAAAGGAAAAUCGAUAAAUAAAUAGUCACCCCUGCUCGAAUAAGUCUUCCUUCCUUACAUUAACAAUCAAGUUGGGUGCUAAAAGCGAAUAAUAGUUGGCCCGGGCGUAUCAAAUCAUUGCAUUGGCUUGACCUAUUUAAAUUUAAGUUCCUUUCCAUAAUUUAGUAUCCGCUUUCUGUGAGUUGUCUUUGUACGCGCACUCUGCAUUAAUUAGGAUUAACGAUAGUGUACACAUUUCUAGGAAACAUUGCCACUGAUAUCAAGCACAGCAAGGUUUGAAAAAGAUUCACAGGCUGAAGAAAAAAGUGUAUUACGUCAUAACAAGAGCCUUAAUGGCUCUAAUUGGUCAUAAAAGUAACAGAAUUUCUGUUUUGUUUUCUCAAGUUCUUCAUUAUGAGGUAGAAAUCCUUAUAUUUGCCCUCUCUUUUUUUCCGGUAGCUCAAAGAUUUGAAUGGCAAUGAAGGGAGACUCGCUGGUGCGACUAGAACGAAAAGAUCAACGGCCGACCAUCCACAGAAAGGUAUGGAAUUCAGAUGGAUGGGGCUGUCCAAAAAAUCCUGGGAUGUUUUCUAAGUGGUAAUCGCAUCCAGGGUACAGCUUAGGGAAGGGAAACAUACAUUAUCGCGCAAAAUUGUUCGAUCGUGCCGAAUCACUGCGAGAAAAACAGAACCCAGCAUCAUAGGUAUACUACUCCACUAUAAGCAGUCCGUUGAUAAAAAAGGAAAGUAAACUCUGCUAUUUUCCAAAAUUAUGCUCGAACACAAACAGUUCAAAAUCAUGGCAUUUACAGGAUCUAACUCGUACUAAGCAGGGGCACCCAACGAGGAUAUAGUUCAAAACUGAACAUAGCGUUGUUGAACGUAUUUUACUGAUUCAAACGAUAGAUAUAGGCAUAUUUUUAUCCCCUAAAAACUUUUCAUCUGUUCGGAUUUCCUAGCUGAAAGUCUAGUGACCCGAAAAUUAUAGGGAUAAAAACUUACCUUCUCGAAAAUUGCAGCCAGGAAAAGGCUCCCGAAAAUUCUAGGUGGCCUUUUUUAGGGUCAAAAUCCGUUACAAAUUAACAAUUAUUCUUUGAAAUCGAGGUGAAUAGUGGCAAAAUAUUUGCCGAGCCGAGCUUCAAAGUAGGAUGGUACCCCGUAAAAAAAACUGGGUCGAGUCACCUUAAUAUUUUGUACAUUCAGACCAAGUUUGUCAAGGAAAGAGUCAAAGCAAACAAAGUUUUCCCAAUUAUCCAAAAUUUAGGACACUUUGUGGUCAAUUUAAGGGGUGGUUUGGCCCUGGCGUGAUAAGGAAGAGCUGAGUAAGAACUGACUUGAAGUUCCAUAGCCAUUUCUAACCUGGCUAAAAUCACAUAAUCGCAGGUUAAAAUAGUUUUAUUUCUCUGCUACUGCGCACGCCUGUUACCCUAGCCUGCGCCACAUACGAAACUAAACUCUGGUUAACAGCGCCGAAAUCCUUAUUCUGGGCACCACCUGUGUAACCUGUGUACCAGUAUCUUAGUGCGUGCUAUUAUUUGUCUGUUAAAAGUCCAUCGAAACAUCCUUUAAACUUCACUGCCUCAAAGGUUAGAGGCCUCUUUGUGCUGUAGGGAGGCUAAGGAGAAAGAAAAAGAAAGUGUGCGGGGCAUACCCAGAAGAGGCUUGAUUGAGGAGGAGGGAGGCCGCAAUCCCGCGGGGGGCUCUCAUAUGAAAGGGGAGGGGAUGCUCUUCGAAAAUUUUGAAUGAACCCCUUGAAGGAGACUAAUCUGGGGGUGGCCCAACCAUUUUUGACCUCUAAAAGAAGUUUGAUUACAUGAAUCGGGUAAAUGAUACGGAAAGAAAAUACAUAAUUUUUUUAUAUUUCUUCCCGGCUAAAUAUAAUGGCGCCUUUUCCCACAACUGUACCCCCCAAAGCGAGAGGACGAGUAUCCCCGCCCCUUUCAUAUGGGAAAGAAAGAAAAUGGGCCGAAUGUGAACUGACAUCCGGAGAAGAAAUACACGUGGAUCCUCUGGGAAAAUUUUAAAAAAAGAGAAAAGAAAACUGGCAUAAGCUUUAUGAAGUCCAUUUACCUCUCGUGAGACUGCGCACGAGAAUGAAUUCUCGGAACGACAUCUUCGGUCAGCGCAUGCCAGGUGUUGAUAUUGUUUAUUACAUACCAUACUUGUUUUAUCACUUGAAACUCCUUACUGCCGAUGAGCUUUAGGAAAGAGCUGAGUAAGAUUGGCGCAUUUGAAUAUAUUUCUAUAGAUAUUUGCGCCUUAUAAGUUUUUUAAAUUAAAAUCAAAUUAAAUUAAGAACUGACUCAAAUAUUGGAAGUCGCUUUAGCCUACGAUUAUGCCCUCCCUAAAAGUCACCUAUACUACUUCCAUCCUCCGUCACGCAAUGCAGGUUAAACUAUUACACUGCACACAUCUGGACAUGAAAAGGAGGUUUCAAAGCUGGACUAAGGUCCUCAUGCUAUUGGUGGUAAAGCACGUCAGCCACCUCUUUCAACUGAAAUUGCGCAUUAGCUACACGCCAAUCAAUGCGCAACUUCCGGUCGGAAAAUUGUUCGAUAUACUUCCUCAACAUCUCUCCAAUGAUAAAUCGCAAUGCGUAACCAACAUUUCCUUUCUUUCUGUUUCAGAUGUUCCUGCAUUCCUUUUGUACAUUGUCGGUACUGCUAUUAAAAAACUAACAUUAGAUAAUAAUGCCGAGAGCACACUUGUGCAGCUGAAUGGUUCCCCGCCGCCUUUAUUCUUAGACUUUCAUUACAAAGAAAACCGUUUGUAUUGGGCGGAUGGAAAUUCCAUUCAUCGUUCCUUUCUGAAUGAUGGAACUGGUAAGUGAUGCAUGCAGUUUUUUUGAAAUUUGUUCGCCGUAACUGGAUCUAUACCUUUUUCUUGCUGAGGUAAUUAAAUGGAAGAAAAUUCCCUUUCAUGAGGGUAAAUGUUGGGAGAAAAAAUGGGGAGAAUUGUUGUUUUGGUGCUUUUGAUCUUUUUGAAGUCAGGGAAAAAACAGUGAAAAAACAACUUACCUCAUACAUAGGGGCUGGAGAUAUCUAUUAACCCUCCGACGUACACGCAAAUUCAGGGGGGUUGGUUGAUGGAACCUCUCUCCAGAGUUUUUGAUAUAAUGCAGUACUUCGAAACGAUUUUGCCUUCAGUGGAAAGCCUUUGAUGUUCUCUACAAGAUAAGUUAUAUUUAAUGGGUGGUGGCGCUGCUGGAGGCCUCUGACGUCACCAACAAUGGUCGCCACCUUCCCCGCCAUCUUGGAUUUUACCAAGAAUUAGAAAUCAGGUAAAAACAGUGAGAAUUAAUAAUUUUUUGCGCUUAACAUGUAAAAUAACACACAAAUAAUUACUUUGCAUUAUUUUAUCCACAGGCUUUGCUUUUAGUCCUGAAAGAAGUUGAAAAACAUGCAUUUUCACUCAAAAAUGGCUUGCCACUUGCUACUUAUGACGUCAUAUUUCGUAACCAUAGUAACUGCCCAUCAAUAAAACCUGUCUCAAAAUGCGUGCGGGGGAUAAACAAACAGCCACUGAAAACGCCAGUUGCUGAUGUUUUAUCGUGUAGGAAAAAAUUCAAAAAACCUCAGAAGGGGUGGCCCCCCCUCCCCGCUCCUUGUUCGUCCGAGGGUUAAAUAGAAUGGCCCUACAUCGCUUUAAGACUGAUUGGUCAGUUUAACCCGGGGCCUAUAUUAGCAUAGCUUGCCAAAAAUCAGUGGUAAUUUAGAUGUAUGAAUUAUUGGCCGCAAACAGCGAUAACCAAGACUCGCGAAAGAAUAACUGUUUAAUAACGAAAUUUCCAAUCUGGAGCAAGGGUUUUCGGAUGUCUAUUUUUGUUUGCAAAUCUCGAUGAUGAACACUUUCGCGAUCUCGUUGGCCUCAUACCGUAAAAUUCCGAAAAUAAGCCCUGGGGCUUAUAUUUUUCAAAGGCCCUUUUUGAGGGGCUUAUUUUUGGAGGGACUUAUAUUCGGAGAGGCUUAUCUAUGGAGGAAAAUUUGCGUUUCAAAAUCAAUUGGGCUAGCCUUUUAGUUGGAAGGAAAUUGACCGUUUUUGCUUUAUUUUAGUUUGUAUUUGAUGGCAAUUGCCAAGUACAAGCCCCCGGAGGGGGGCUUCUAUUCAGAGGGGCGAUUUAACGGAGCCUUUUUUGCGUUACGAGUUUGGGGGGCUUAUAUUUGGAGGGGCUUAUACAUGGAGGGGCUUAUUUUCGGAAUUUUACGGUAUUUUCCCCCAGCAAGCCUACGCUUUAUUAACGUUAUUGACCCUUUGGCUGUUAUAGGUAUUCAAACCCUUUACAGAAAUCAGCCUAUCAUUAAAGGAUUAGCGGUUAACUGGUUUGGCAAUAACAUAUAUUGGCUUGUUAAGGAGCAUAUAAUGGUUUCCAGAACAGAUGGACAAUAUCUUAAGACCCUGAGCGUAGAUUAUAGCAUAGAUAGUAAUCUAAUGCUUGAUCCCGAGAGAGGGUAAGACUGGAUUUUUUUUUUCGUCUUAAACAAUGUAUAUUAAAACUGUUCCAACGAUGCCAUGCAAACGCUCUUACACCAGCAAUGAAAGCGGGAAACUUUUGAAUUUCAUCAAACAGGUUAAUUUUCAAACUGAAAAGAUGUUAGAUACGAGAUAAAUAAAGAGCAUGUCAAAAAUGUGAGCAGCGCAGCCCUGGUGGUGUUAAAGGUAGUGGUAAACAAAGUGGCAGGGGAAGUGGCAGUUGCAGUGAUAGUUGUAGUGGAAAUGGAAGCGUUAGUGGCAAUUGCAGUGGCAGCAGUAGUGGUACUGGUGGUGACAGUGUCAGUGUCAGUGGUAGUGGUAGUGGCGGUAGUAGUGGCAGUGGCAAUUUCAGUGAUGAGUUGAAGUGACUGCGACAGCGUAAGCGGAAGUGGCAGUGGUAAUGGCAGUGACAACAGCGGGCAGGUGGGGAGCGGCGGUGGGAGUGGUAGUGGUAGUAGUAGAGUUUGUAGCUCGUAUCGAAUAUAAUCAAAACGGAGGUUUAAAUCAGUAUUUAACAGUGGCGUGUAUAUCACGAAGCUAUCUUGGGUAAUAUUUUGCCUUUCUUUUGUAUUGUGAUUCCCAAUUCAGGUUCAUGUAUUGGUUUUCUUCCAUGGGUAACCAGGGUGACGAUCACAAGAUAAUGAAAGUUCCAAUGUAUGGAAAAAGAGAGUUCCAUAUUCUACAUAAUUUACCUGGUGACACACACUUUGCCAUCGAUUACUACGACCGGAAAAUUUACUGGACAGGAGCAUCAGACGAAGAUGCAGAUCAUGCUUCAGAAAUAAAGUCUUACAAGUUGGAUACAGAUGACAUACCCGACGAUAAGGUAAUUCGAUCACUAUCAAGAUAAUUCGUUGUUUAAACGUUGGGUUAAAAAUUAAUGACAUGUUCAAUUAGUAUGUUUUAUUUCAGCAAAAAGAAUGACCGCAUCACCAACGGAUACAAUUUACCGUCGGGAGUUUCCCCCCGCGGUAUGAGGCACUCAAAGCAGUUUUAUACGGGAUGCUCCUUCCCGAGGUCGAACCAUUUAACCUUUAAUUCUAUAUGAUAUUAUUAUAUACACUGGAGAAAGUACCAUUUUCGAAUACGUGACAAACGGUACUCUGUUACUAUACAUACUGCGACACGUACCGCGACAAGUAAUAUCUUACAUUAUAUUGACAUUUGGCGAUGGUCUCACCCUCUGGUACGUCCGCCAGAGAGUAAAAGCUUUCCAUGCAGGCAAACCUACUCAUCAUAUCAUAUAAAACUUAUACAUCCUUAUUAUAUGUCAGAAUUCCCUGAUUUUGAGUUUACUGGGUGUAAAACUUCUCCUUAGCGUGGGACAUUCAGGGUUGUCGCAGACCUUUCGCAGCCAGAGUCAUUAGCAGUUUCAGAGGAGUACGUCUACUGGAUCGACGUGAAAGAAAACUCAAUUCAAAGAGCAAACAAAACAGUUGGCGAUCUCCAAAAGAAUAUCUCUAUUAUAAUGCAAAAUGGGAAGAAAAUAAGUGGAAAAAGUCUUAAGCUGGUACACUGGGACAUACAGAAAGGUAUUACCUUUAAGACUUAUUUAGUUUGGUUUUUAGAAGUGAUUUUAGGUGUUGCAGUGAGGUAAUUGUGGAAGUGCUAAUUUGGGACAGUGUAGUUACAGAGUGUUGAAAUGAAGUGGUGGUUGUAAAAAGUCUUAUCAAUAGUCAAAAACAUACUUGUACUUAUUUCUAACGUUGUUCUUUCUGUUUAGGAUUGUUUUCUCUUAUUUUUGACAUGGCCAAGGCCAAAAGUUUAUUUAAUAUCAGAGAAGGGGGUAUGAAGAUGUUGGGGGCGGGGGGCGCCGAAAUUUUGUCGGGGGCUUUGAAGAAUCGGUGAGGUCAAGGAGAGGGCGUACAAUCUGGCUAUAGAACCAAGGGCCUGGUUACAUGAGCCGGGCUGGCUCGCUUUGCAGAGAUCCCGGCACCUUAGUUAAACGCAACAAAAAUCAACUUUGCGAUUAUAUGACAACCGAGCCAGCCGGAUUAGCUGGGAUCCCAAUAUUGUGAUGCGGGGCGGCCCGGCGAAUGAACCAAGCGAGAAACAGGGUAGCGGGUAACACACUGUUCAUGCGCAUUGCUUCCCCGGCUCAUGUGAUCAGGCCUUACUGUGAGUUGUAUUGUCACGCAGUUUGCACGUGAAAGCUUUGGAAUUUGCAGUUUUCGUGGUUCGUGUAUGAGAGAAUACGACUUAAUCUAUUUAACUCAAAGGUUUUAAAAAUAAAACGCGGUUUGCACGUGAAGCUCUUGGACUCUGCCCCUUUUACUGUUCAACCGUAAAAGAAUGCAACUUGUUUACGAAGUCAUUUUGCUCAAUACGAUUUUAAGAAAUCACCUCCCUUCAGAAAAUAUGCAUGAAUGAAAUUCUGCAUCAUUCAAUGUUACCCUUAAUUAUGCGAUUUACGAAAUCGUGGAAUUUUGCGUGAUAUCUUCUUUGGCGCUCGACAACUGAGAGCAAAAAUAUUGUUUAACUCUUGGCAAUGAGCCAAAUCAGUCACACCGUGUGCUGCGAGGACGAUUGGGAAAAUUUAAAUUAUUUAAGAGUUUGUUUCACUCAGUGUAACUAGUUUUUCCUAAAACGUUUGUUUUCUAUUGCCGAUUUGUUUGCCGUGCGUUAUCUGUGGGUCGUACGUAACGAAGAUAAAUGCUGUGUUGUGACACAGCGCGGGGCAGACAUUCGCGUCGCUUGGCUUCUUUACUUGGCUUGUUUACGUUCGCACGUAUUGCGUGCCUAUUGCAACUUUGAAUCAAAACAAGCGAACUCGACUACUCUAUUUGGGCGACGCCCAAAUAAUAAAGCGGAGAUUAUAAAAAAAAGUUACGGUAGGACGCACUAUACACUGCACAACCUCAUUACCAAGGUCUGACGUAACUAACGACAAACGAGGUUGUGCAAGGCAUAUUCGUUGAAAACCGAGAGAAGAUUGGAGGCCUCCACUCUCAAUGGUUUCGGUUUGCGCACACGCAAAGUCGUUCUUUCUCCUCUUUCCUUUGAGUGCGCUUUUAUUAUAAUUAUACAGUUUGAAAACUGUUUUGACAGAACGCUGAAGAGGCUGAAAGUCUUAACAAAUCAAUGGCCGUAGGCAGAAAGACCGAUCUUUGAGUUUGGCAUUUAAAAUAAUUGGACUGUCCUGCUGUAUGAAUUCUAACCCAUUUAAAGGAAUUGCUUUCCAUCCUCUGGUUGAGUAUUUUAUCAUCAUAAUUUUUCUUUUGCGCAUGUUGCUCAACGUAAACUGAAAUAAACGUUACAAGUUUUACAGGAAUGUUGGUGACAUCAAAAUGGCUCUGGUAUUAAUAAAAAGCACGACAAUAGAUAUUCAAGGAAAAAUAACUUAAACAUGCUCAAGGUUUAUUUCUGUCAAAACGUCUUCAACGUAACUUUGUUAAAAUAGUGGGUUUUUUCUUGAAGUUAUUGGCUUAGUCUUGCGCUAUUUUACAAACUAGUGAGUUUUUUUAAGUUCCUGGCUUAGGAUUUGGCUAUUUUGAAUACUGCUUAGUUAAAUGUUUUUUACAACAGAUUUUGUGGGAAGCGACGAAUGCACGACACGGAAAUAUUGUUCACAUUUCUGCUUUCCUGACCCAAGUGCGCACCUUUUUCGCUGUGCAUGUCCUGACAAUUUAACAGCUGUUGGAGUGAAAUACUGGAAUAGGACAUGUGUCUGUCCGGGUGGUGAUCAAUUCAUAGACCUGAAUGGAGACUGUACGUACCGUAAGUAUAGUUACCUCAUAUAUCAUUUUUUCCAAUCAGAACAGAUUUAAUACAAUUUUCCACAAUUUAUCUUAAACAACUGACUUAAAAUUAAGAAAUAUUACACCACUAACAUCGCCAUGGUGCAAUAACAUUUCAAAGGUACAGUCACAUGACACUAUAACUUUCUAGAGAUUCCAGAGCCACUGUCUAUUUUAGGUUGUUCAAAGCAGGGUCGAGAUAACCCGGGGUUAGUGCGAAAUUUAAAUUCAGAUAUUAAGAAAGCUUAAAAAGGAGAUUCACUUUUAUUCUUUUGGCCUACAAUUUGAUGAUUGGAUGCUCUAAAAGGAAGUAGAGAAAAGUAGCCCGGAAAGUGCUUUUGAACAAAAGAAAGAGAAACCUAGGUUAAAAUUUAACUCUGGGUUAGCGAUAAUCGGCCUUCGAACAACUGGGCCCUGUGUUAAUAACCAACUGGUUGUCUCCUGCCAGAUGGAUGUUUUAAUCUGUUAUGCUCUCUCAAUAUAAAUUCCACUGGAGUAUCCGUAAAUUAUCUAGAAAGCUAAGUGCACUUCAUUCACUAAAAUUUACCAUUUCCUAGACAAACGAAAGAGCAAUUUAUUGGUACGAGUGUCUUUUCUUCAGGCAGAGAACACUGAAUGGUUGUUAAGACAGUUUAUAAGCUGAAAAAAAACACCAUGAAGGUUCAAACUUAUGAUGAGCUUCUACUAUACUUUAAGUAAAGGUCUUGAAAUAAUUCUCGUUGGCAAGGCACGACUAAUAUCUUCUUUCGUUAACCAGAGUAGUAUAGUAGGGAUGUUUUAAACCCUUACUGGUGGAUAGAUAACGUGGAUAACUUCAUAGCCUCUUUUUCUUUUUCAUGGAUGAAAUACGGAGGAAUCUCAUGAAGAUAACGUCACGUUCUAUUUUUACGUCGUUUAACCUGUUUGACUUGUUUUUUAGUUAUUUUUAGGGCCAGGAAUGUCUAGUUUUUUUGCUUGACUAAAAAAUAAGAAAAACUGUUACAGUUGAUUCAUGUUGUCAAAGGAAUAAGCGCCUGUUACUUAAAAUCACUGAAUCGUAAAGUAAUUAUAAAGGUUUUAUUUCCUUCUAACUAGUUUGUUACGGUUCUACCUCACUGCACGUAACGUUGUCUUAUUGAGAUUCCUUUGUAACAAAAACCAAAAUGUUAUGUCGUCAUUGGUGUUAAUGUAUUCCUCCUCAAGUUAAUUAGAUUCCUCCGCGAAAAGGAGGUCUAAAACAUCAAUUCUAUUCUACUAACCAGUGCUACUCAGACCUACAUGAUAUCCCUAACUGUUUUUGAUUUUGAAAGUUGAUGCGCCUUGGAAUGUUAUUGCAACUCCAUUGAAUAACACUGCUAUAAAACUGACUUGGCUGCGACCGAAAGUUUCCCGAUCAGAGCAGAUGGUGAGUAAACAUUGAUAGCAAGAGUUAGAUUAGUAGAUUGGUACAGCAGCUCGCGAGGAGAGCUUAUCAACUAGUCUUGUUCGUGACGGAAAUUACCAUACUUAAAACGAACUGAAAGUUAACAAAGAAGAGCAGGAAAAGCGCUACAAAAUACACAGGGGUCCAUAUAUAUAUUAAUAAAACUUUUACAAGUGUAAUUUACAAGUAUAGCUGUUGUUUUUAGACCCUAAAACAAUAGUAAACUUGUAAAAAUAAAAAUAAAUAAAAUAAAUUGACCCCAGGAACUGUUUUCAACCAAAUAGCCUCAUGUAUUAAAAGAGAAUCCAAGACAUCACAGUCGUACAUUCUGGAUUCCACGCCGUGGAUUUCGGAUUCCAGGUACUGGAUCCCGGUUCUUUUUCAGUGGAACUUGGAUUCCUGAUUCCAUUCGUUACUGAGAUUCCGGACUCCUUGAGCUGUAUUCCAGAUUCCAAAGACCAGGAUUCUAGAUUCCACAAGCGAAAAUUUCUCGGAUUCCAGAUUCUGCAAGAAAAAAUGUCCCGUAUUCGCCCCAGAUUCCGCAAUCUGGGUUCCCUUAGGCUACAUUCAUUAUGAAUACCACAGGCGGGAAAAGGGAAAUGGGGGGGAUCGUAAAAAUUUCUGAAGGUAGAAAGAGGGGAUGCCAAUUUUUUCUAAAGCAAUUGAUAAACCACUUCACAGGAGAAUUGUCUUAUUUCCUCGUUCAAUGAAGGAUGGUUUUAUUACUGUAUUGCACUAAACUGCAAUGUCCUUUACUUUGUGCAGUAACCAGCCAGCUCAAUAUCUUUUUGCACCAGUCGUAUAGCUUUUCAUCUCCUGGCUUUUUUCUGGCUUUUUCUUUGUUUGUCUUCUUUUCACUUGGGCUUGUUCUUUGCUAACCUUGGCUCCCUUACCUAUCUAGGGAUAAUUGCUUUUUAUUAUUGGAUCUAUAAGCUGCCACAUAGCCCUGGUAUGAAGUUCCACCCAACCCCGCCCCCCUUGCAGUAUACAUAAUGAAUGCAGCCUUAUAUGGGGUGGCCCAAAAACAGGGUGAUAAAUAUAAAAUGGCGGCGAGCAAAUGUUUAUGUUAUGUCGGUAUUCUGCCAACAACAUCAAAGCUUUAUCAUCAUUCUCAGCAGGAUAGCUAUCAGAUUCGCCGUUUUUGCUUAAUUACUAUAACAACUAUUUGUACCAUUUCAUUCAUCCAGAUGUUCUACAUUUUCCGUGGGAUCUAUCCGAAAGGAGUAAGACGCUGGCCUUUUGGUCGUACCUCCUCCACAAGCUUUGUUAUUGGCCAUUUGAAAAGUUCUAUUACAUACAUGUUUGCGGUUUCACAUGGAAUACAAGGGCAUAAAAGUGUAACAGCAGAUAUAAAAAUUCUGAGUCAUGGUAUACGUGAAUUUCAUUACAUUCAGUUGUAUUAUAAUUUGAAGAUUAUAUGUACUAGAUCACAGCGGUCCUUAGAGAAUCGCUGUUGUAUAUAGGAAGGAUCGUUAUACAUGAUGUCUCGUAUCUGCGUCUCGGUAUAGUUUUCCCUUAUUUUUGCGCCUCGACUAUAAUACCAGCAGCCAGGUAUUACAACAAAUGACAAUUUCCUGUAGUUCUUAGGUCCUCCAAAAUUCAACUGCAUGAAAACAUGAUUGAAAAAGACAGACGUUGACAUUUCUGCUGAAAAUCUUCGAUCUAUCAGCCUAGUCCGUGGGUAUUCUCUCUUGCCCCGUUGUCCGCGCGAAGUCUGGGAAAGAGCAGGGUGUCUCGGUGACGUCACAGCUCAUAGUAGAGUCUAGGGCCGGUUGUUCGAAGCUGGGUUAAUAUACCCCAGGGUUAGCGCGAAAUUUGAACUCAGAUAUGAGAAAAUUCAGUUUAAUUCUCUUUGCCUACAAUUUGAUGAUUGGAUACUCUAAAAAGAACAGAGAAAAUUAUUCGAGAGGGCGCCUUUCAUAAAAAGAAAAAGAAACCCGGGUUAAAAUUUAACCCCGGGUUAGCGCUAACCGGCGUUCAAACAACUGGGCCCUGGAUUGACCAAGCCGAGAACGCCUAGGGAGUAGGCUGUCUAUCUACGGUAUGUCAUUGAUCGCCCGGGAAACAUUUUAGCUAGUGUGGAAAAUUGACAGCUGAAUUGGUUCGACAUAGUAUGACGCUAAAAAGACGACUAGUAACGUAGCCAUUGAAUUUAUAAACGACCAACGUGUUGAUACAACCAAAUUUUUAAGGUCCAACGGUGGUGAUAUUUACGAGGUUUCACUGUAAUUUAGGGCUUACUUGGUUGGAAAAGGGUCGUGAUUUCCAGAACGAAAUUUCUCAAUGUUGAACUAUUAUUUAUCUGACAGAAUCAACUCCUCCCUCCAAACAACCAUUGUCAACUUCCUCAGAGGCUUCAUUGUCGCAUGCUCCCACUACUAAACCAAAAUCUUCGACCAAGCCACCACAAUCGUCAUCAGUAUCAUCUUUAUCAACAGUCUCCCAACCGGUGACCACUAACCCAACAACAUCUCAAUCUACAGUUACCAAACGACCGUCAACUUCGUUGACGCUAUCUUCUACACAGCGAUCACCAUCUUCGGGUCAUUCCCAGUUAUUUUCUUCAUCUGCAACUGCUACUACAUCUCGUGACAAGCCACCAAUAUCUUCAGAGGCGUCAUCUUUUUCCACAUCCUCACAAGAGGUGCCCACUAACUCAUCGCAAUCAGUGUCUUCAGGACCCUCCCAGUCUACACCCGCUUCACCGUCAAAUCCCUUACCACUGCUUCAAAAAAACAAGAGGUUUCCAUACUGGACAAUCGGUGCAGCCGGCGGUGGUCUCCUCCUCCUUGUGAUAAUCGUGAUUACGAUCAUUUUCCUUGUUCGUAGAUACAAACGUCGCACUACGGAGGGCGAGGCGAUCGAUGCUUCAGCAACUUUUCCUCUCAGAGACCCUGUAGAAGGAGUGGAUUAUGAUGAUGAAGGUGGGUUCAGGUUUGGGUUAAUUCCCGCAGGUAGAAAUGAUGAAUACUAUUAGCGGAAAUACAAAUGUGUUUAGUUGCAUGCAGAUCAACUGUUCAUCUAUAUAAAACCGAGCUCUGUUGACUGUUACAUUAAAAAAAAGAAAUAAUACUCAGGGACAUAACCCAAUUCAGAGGUAUAAAGUAAGUGCCCUGGAUCGAAACGACCGUAAACCCCUAGACUGAGAGCAGUUUCCUUUGCUCGAAAAUCUGUGAGCGAUUGUGAUAUAUUUGUGAGUACUAGAUGCACGCGGCGGAGCCGCUAGCAGCGAUUUGUGGUGGUGUCCGCUCAACCUCGCUGCUCGUGGCUUCCUCCGCAUAAUAUCGCAAUAGCUCACAGAUUUUCGAGCAAAAGAGAGGCUGCUCUCAGUCUAGGCCCUGCGUGAGCUUUCAAGCACUUUUCAUUUUGAAUCUAAUUCACAUUUUUGUCCAAAAUGAUAGACCUUUUUUUAUAUCUGACUACUUUUUUUUUCUUUCCUUUGUAGAAAUUGACACUUCCGGCAAUGAGAGGUUCUUGCCACAGCUUGAAGUUUCAGAUGAAUAACCUAACUGACAAUGAUUAGUGAGUCCUAUCCACAAAAAUCGCCGAGACUGUAGUCACAAACAUCCGCGACAUCUUGUCCCCAUCGUAUUCUUUUUUCGUCAACCGUUGUCAUCCUACCUGUGCCCUUGUCGCUACCCUGUUAAUAGGAAAACGUGGGCUAAUUUAAUUUGCAAGAAUGGAAGGGUUAAAACAAAAAUUUCACCUUUGACAUGAAAGAAGGACAAACUGCUCUUUAUUAACGGGGGUUGAAUUUUUCCGUGCAUCGAAUGCGGC